AAGUUUCCGGUGACGUUUGUUUGUUUGAGAAAAAACUAACCUAACUUUUUUAUUUGUCAUUUUGUCUAAAACAUUUUAAUGUUUUAUUGGUCCUUCAACGUUGUUUUUCCUUGAAUGAAUAUCAAAUAAUGGAAGGAAUAAAGGCUGAGGAGCCGCCUGAAGCUGUCUCGGAUUUAAAAACAUCAGAAGAGGAAAAUUCUCCGCUUACAAUAUCCGUUAAUGAAGGGAGUAAUUCCCUAAUAUCCUCGAACCCCCUUCUUUCCGAAGUUUCAUCUUCGAAAUCAGAGGAGGCAAUUGACAAAAAAGUGGAAAAUACUAGUUUGACAUUUGAAUCUCAUCAGAAAAAUCCCAUGAAUCCUACCAGUCCAGAUAAUAAUGAACAGGGCUCUAAUACAUCAAAUGUUCAUUAUGAGGGGCAGGUGGCAAUAUAUACCGAUCCAACUAACGGUUAUCAGUAUGAAUGGUCCUCAGAAAAAAAUGAGUGGCUUCCGAGAAGCGUUCAGUAUGGUUUUGAAAAUGAUACACAUAUCUACACGGAUAGAGAUGGUGUGAAAUUUUUUUGGGAUAAAGAGAAAUCGGCAUGGUUUCCAAAAAUUGAUGAUGAUUUUAUGGCACAAUAUCAAAUGAGUUAUGGCUUUAUAGACAAUACUAGUGAAAAUAAAGAUGCUCAAGAUGUUGUGGACAGAGCUAAUAAAAGAAAGGUAGAGUUAACUGAAGAAAUUAAGGGAGUUGACCAGAAUAAAACAAUUGGAGUUAAAAAAAAGCCUUCAGAGCCCACUUGGUUUGAAAUAGAUGAAACCCAAAAUACUAAAGUGUAUGUUUCAAACCUACCAACAGAUAUUACCGAAGAGGAAUUUAUAGAACUCAUGUCAAAGUGUGGACUUGUUAUGAGAGACUUAACUAAUGGAAGUUUUAAAAUAAAAUUAUACAAAGAAGCUGGCACUGAAUUUUUAAAAGGGGAUGCUUUAUGCACUUAUAUUAAAAUAGAAUCUGUGGAUUUAGCCCUUCAGUUAUUAGAUGGUUAUAACUUUAAGGGUAAAAAGAUAAAAGUAGAAAAAGCUAAAUUUGAAAUGAAAGGUCAGUAUGAUCCUAAACUUAAACCGAAAAUGAAGAAACGCAAAGAUAAACAGAAGCUAAAAAAGAUGCAGGAAAAAUUAUUUGAUUGGAGACCAGAGAAAGCUUUUGGGGAACGGUCCAAGCAUGAGAGAACAGUUAUAGUGAGGAAUUUAUUUGAUCCUUCUAUUUUCGAUACAGAUGUAAGUCUCAUCUUAGAGUUUCAGCAGGAUUUGAGGGAGGAAUGUGGUAAAAUAGGUGAAGUAAAAAAAGUCAUAAUAUAUGAUAGACAUCCAGAGGGUAUUGCUCAAAUUAAUAUGAGCAAUCCUGAAGAAGCUGAUGAAGUUGUGAAAUUACUUAAUGGGCGAUAUUUCUCCAAAAGACAAAUUACUGCUGAGAUUUGGGAUGGGAAAACAAAGUUCAAAAUUGCAGAAACUGAUUCCCAAAUUAGCCAAAGGUUAGAAAAAUGGGAUAAAUUUUUAGAACAAGAAGAUGGAGAUAAAAGUAAUACUCAACAAGUUGAUCAGAGUUGAACUUUUAGAAUAAUAAUGAGAAUGUAAAUUUAUUGUUAUAUUGAAGUUGUAUAGAGCUCCAUAUAAUUACAUAUGUAUAUGAUGACUAUAAAUGAAUUUUUCAAUAAAAUAUCCACAUUGAAGCAA